CACUGACUUCUGCGACACACCCAUCCCGGCUCCCAGCAGCACAGCAGCAGCUUGCAUCAUUCGCUUCAACAAACAGGAUCACUGUGGACAACAUGGGUAACGUGCAGCCCACCAUAGUACCAUUUGAGGACUUUGAUGUUACAGCUGAUAUAAAAGUUAUAAGACAAGCAUGUAAAGGUUUAGGCACAGAUGAAGAGGCCAUUAUACAAAUCCUGGCCAAUCGCUCUGCAGCCCAGCGUGGGGAAAUUAAACAGGCCUACUUUGAAAAGUAUGACGAUGAGCUGGAGGAAGUCCUGAAGAAAGAGCUCUCGGGAAACUUGGAGAAUGCUAUUGUUGCCAUGUUGGACCCUCCCCAUGUUUUCUUUGCCAAGGAGCUCAGAAAGGCCAUGGCGGGGGCGGGCACGGACGAAGCUGUUCUGGUCGAGAUCCUGUGCACUGCCACAAAUCAGGACAUUGUCAGCUACAAAGAAGCAUAUGCUCAAGUGCAUGAACGUGACCUGGAGGUGGAUAUUGAGGGCGAUACCAGUGGAGACGUCAGGAACCUGCUGGUCUCAUUGCUGCAGGCAAGCAGAGAUGAGGGCUACGAGGUGGAUGAGGGUUUGGCUGAUCAAGAUGCGAUGUCUUUGUUUGAGGCAGGUGAGGGCAGGUUUGGCACAGACGAGUCAACGUUCACCUACAUCCUGACUCACAGGAAUUACCUGCAGCUUCAGGCCACGUUUAAGGCCUAUGAGACUCUUUCUGACUCAGACAUUUUGGACACUAUUGACUCUGAAGCCACAGGGACUCUCAAGGACUGCUAUAUUACCCUUGUGCGGUGUGCCAAGAACCCCCAGCUGUAUUUUGCACGGCGUCUUAAUGCUGCAAUGAAGGGACUUGGCACAGACGAGGACACACUCAUUCGCAUCAUCAUUGGCCGCUCUGAGAUUGACUUGGAGACAGUGAAGGACAUGUACCUGGAGAAAUAUGACGUCACUCUGAAAGAGGCUCUGGACUCGGAGUGUGGCGGGGACUUCAAGCGACUGCUUAUAGAGAUCCUCCACUGAAACUACUGAUUACUUCUACCUGCUGGCCUUACAAACCCAUAACCUGACUCAGCCAGUCUUCUCUCUGUACUCCCCUCAUUCUUUCUUUACCAUUCUCUCUCUGUCCUCUUUUCAGCUCGGACCAAAGGACUGCUCUAUAUUCUACAUUUCAAUGUUCAACAUGGCAACUGUACUGUUUUUCAAAACACACUUUUUGCCAGAAACUAAUUUAAUUAUAGUAUAAUAAUGUGAUGGUGCAUUAAGUAUUUGUCUUUUACCAACAAUAUGUUAACAUUAUAGAGCAUCAUAAUCAGACAUUUGUACAAAUUUAUACUAACUGAUACUAAAUUUAAACUUAUUUAUGAGUUUGUUUUGGUUCACUACUGAAAUGAGCUAAUAUUAUGUCUCCUGACACAUGCAUGCACAUCAUUUACUCAUCUAUUGUUAUGCAACACUUAAGUGCCGAAUUAUCAAGUAUUCAUCGAAUACAUUUUGGACUUUGCAGUGCACAUGUUUUUAAUCUUUUCAUGAAUCAUUUUAGAGAUUUGCCACUUUUUAAAUUCAGACCUUUUACAUGUUAAAUGAGAUUUAGAAGCUCAAAAAUUGCCUUCUCAGAUUUGUACACAUGGUUAGAAAAUUUUAUUUUACUCCUGUCUUUUUCGUGGCUUUUGUUGACUUGCAGAAAAGAAGAUGCUUAGUAAAUCAAGACAAGACUGAAAAGCAAAAUGUAUCCUUGAAUGUGUAACCUCAACAGUGCAAAGAUUAAAAUUCAUCACAAUCAGUUCCACUGUGUGAAUUCAGGUAUGAAACUUUGGCCUCAUCUUUAAAUUUGAUAAUAAACUGUUAGGGUAUGCUAUUAUAAUAUGACUGUAAUACGUAAUAAAUAUUAACAUAAAGGUAAGCUAUACAUGUUGUAAUGUUUUUGUCUGUAUAAAAAUGUAAUAAACUUAACCAAUUUA